AUGGAAUUGGCCGGUCAGUGUUUCCUGUUCUUAAUCGCUGGCUAUGAAACGAGUGCAUCGACGCUGCAAUUCGCGUUAUUCGCCUUGACUACUAAUCCAACUGCUCAGGAGGAAGCAUAUCGCGAAAUCAUGGAAGUUGUCGGACAUAAAGAAAUUGUGACGUAUAAAGAUUUGUCAGAUAUGCAUUAUUUGGAACAGAUAAUGAUGGAAACACUGAGAAUGUAUCCACCUGCUCCACGUUUCGAUCGUGAAUGUUCAUCGCCCAUCACAGUCAACCACAUUCACUUUGAGCAGAAUUCUAUUGUUUCAAUUCCUGUGUUCGCUAUUCAUUACAAUCCGAAGAUCUAUCCGAACCCUCAUAAAUUCGAUCCAAUGAGAUUCACUCGUGAAGCUGUGACAGAACGCAAUCGUUUAGCAUUCAUACCGUUCGGUUAUGGACCAAGAAACUGUCUGGGCCGUAGAUUCGCAGUAUUUGAAUUCAAGCUGACUCUUACUUAUCUCAUUCGGACGUAUCAAUUUAUACCUACCAAUGAAACACCUGUUAGGAGCUCCUCUCGAACUGAAUACGGCAGGGAUGACACGACCAGCGAAACCGAUAAUAAUACGAGCCGAAAGGAGAUCGAGCUGAAAUCACGCUACGAGUAA